AUGCUGUUUGAAUUAAAUAAUACGAAUACACAAAGGCAUUCGCACGCUGGAGUAUUGGAAUUCAUAGCCGAAGAAGGAAGGGCUUACUUACCACAUUGGAUGAUGCAAACACUAUUACUGGAACCAGGUGAUUUGCUAGAAAUCAAGAAUGCUGAUUUACAAUUAGGUAGUUAUGUCAAAAUACAGCCGCAAACGCCUGAUUUUUUAGACAUUAGUGAUCCAAAGGCAGUGUUAGAGAACGCUUUGCGCAACUUUUCAACAUUGACAAAAGGUGAUGUUAUUCAGAUAAGCUAUAAUGAGAAGAUAUAUGAGAUUAUGGUGCUUGAAGUUAGGUCAAAACCCGACCUGUAUCAAGAACAUCCGCCAAGUGAUGGAGUAUCCAUUGUAGAGACAGAUUUGGAGGUAGACUUUGCACCACCUCUUGGUUACGUAGAACCCAAACCACUGCCCAAAAGACAACAGACAAUGGCUGAUAAAGUGAAGAUAGAGUAUACUCCAACGACCACUCGUACACUCUUCCACGGUAGUGGACAACGACUAAACGGCAAAGCUGUAAAAGAAGGUGAAGCGGAUUCAACAGUAAAAUCUACCGAGAAGAGUGUGCCUCCAGCUUUGAAUCUACCAUUUGGGAAGUUGUUCUUUGGAUACAAACUUAUUCCGUUGAGUGAUGAGAAAAUGACUAAUGCAAAUGAGGGAAAUGACAAGUCAUUCGCUGGAUCGGGACAAACACUUCGGACGCGAAAAAGGAAUCAAGAUCGUACACCGUCCACAUCAUCAGCUAUUGCUUCCUCUUCGUCCUCUUAA